AUGUUGGGCGGCUCAAACUCGCGCUCUUCGAGCAGCUCACCUUCUUCUCCGUUGCUCAGGACUGAAAGCACUGCCACCGAAGCAGAUAUUGUCGAGCACUGGGUCGGUAAGCUAGAGGGAUGCCCACCACUUCUUGCCCAACUUCCGACAGAUCAGUUGGGACCAGCUGAACAACAUCGAGAGGCAGAACUUGUGUCCGUCACAUCUUGGCUAAAAGGAACCGCUCUGCCACACGACAACACUGCAGAAGCCACUGCACGACUCAUAUGUGGCUUGGCCACCCUGAUGGGCAGGUAUAGUCUGGCUACUGAGCUGGGCCUCGGCCUUUGGCGGAGUGACCUGAGCUCGCCGGGCUGUCAGCCCAUGCGGGUGAGCCUGCUGAGGCAGCCUGGUGAUGCAACUCCAGUGCUAGGAUCCAGAGUGGCAGAAGAGGAAAGCUCUGUGGUAGCGCCUCUAUCAUCGUAUUCUUCCGCCGAAUGCUUUAUUCAGCGAAUUCAGAAGGAGGUACUGCUCUUCAAGGACUCGCGGUUGCUCCUUUGCGAAAGCGGCCUACGCGAGCUGGAUAAGCAUUCCCAGCGCGAGGCCCCGCCGAGUGCAAGCUUGCAACGCUCCCAAGUGCUAGAGGCCUGGAGCUAG